CAAAUCCUUUCCCCCUUUCACAUCUUCCUCUCCCGGCCGACACGGAACUGUGGGAGUACCAGCCCAGGAGAGAAAGGAAUCUGAGAAUGGCAGCAGACUCCAUGGAAAUUGAUGAUGGUUUGUACAGUCGACAGAGGUAUGUUCUGGGUGAUACGGCCAUGCAAAAGAUGGCACAAUCUCAUGUGUUCCUUAGUGGAAUGGGCGGACUUGGCGUGGAGAUAGCAAAGAACAUUGUUUUAGCUGGAAUAAAGGCACUGACAAUCCAUGAUACUAGGACAUGUGAAACGUGGGAUCUUGGAACCAAUUUCUUUAUAAAAGAGAAGGAUGUAAAAAAUCAGAGAAAUAGAGCUGAUGCAUGCCUUCACCACGUUGCAGAGCUGAAUCCUUAUGUCCAAGUGACAUCCUCAACUAUGCCUCUGGAUGAAAGCUCCAGUCUCUCUUUCCUGAAGCAGUAUCAGUGUGUCAUACUGACUGAGACUAAACUGCCCGUGAGAAAGAUGAUCAACAACUUUUGCCACUCUCAACAGCCUCCAAUAAAGUUCAUCAGCUCUGAUUCCUAUGGUAUAUGUGCCUGCCUCUUUUGUGACUUUGGUGAUGAAUUUGAAGUACUAGACACCACAGGAGAAGAACCAAAGGAGAUCUUUAUUUCUAAUAUAACACAGUCUCUUUCUGGAGAAGUUACCUGUUUUGAAAACCGUCCUCACAAACUUGAAUCAGGGCAGUUUGUAACUUUUCGUGAAGUCCAUGGAAUGACAACUUUAAAUGGAUCCAUGCAUGAGAUAUCUGUUCUGUCUCCCUAUUCAUUCAGCAUUGGAGAUACAUCACAAAUGGAGCCCUACCAGCAUGGCGGCAUAGCUGUGCAGAUUAAAAUGCCAAAAUCAUUUUCAUUUGAAAAACUGGAAAAACAGUUAGUGGACCCAAAGUACCUAACACCAGAUUUCAGUAAACCAGAGGCCCCAUUGAACAUUCACGCUGCAAUGUUGGCACUAGAUCAUUUCCAGGAGAAAUAUAACCGCCUACCAAAUAUAGGUUGCCUUCAGGAUGCAGACGAGAUGCAAAUAUCGGCAGGAUCUGUUGCUGAAACUCUUCUCAGUAAACCACAGCUGGAUGAAAGAUUGGUAAGGUGGUUGUCCUGGACAGCAAGAGGAUUCUUGGCUCCCCUUGCUGCUGUGAUGGGAGGAAUCGUUAGUCAAGAGGUCUUGAAAGCAGUGACAGGAAAGUUUUCACCCUUGCUGCAAUGGCUAUUUGUGGAUGCCAUGGACAUUGUUUACCCAUUGGAAUACACCAGCCGAGAAGAAUUUCUUCCCAGGGGAGACCGGUAUGAUGCAUUGAGGGCCUGCAUUGGGGAAUCUUUCUGCCAGAAGAUUCACAGUUUAAAUGUUUUCCUGGUAGGGUGUGGUGCCAUAGGUUGUGAAAUGUUGAAAAAUUUUGCACUAUUAGGAGUUGGUUGUGACUCAGAAAGAGGCCAGAUUACAGUCACAGACCCGGACUUGAUCGAAAAAUCAAACUUGAAUAGACAGUUCCUCUUCCGGCCUCACCACAUUCAGAAACCUAAAAGCUGCACUGCUGCUACUGCGACCCUUAACAUCAAUCCUCAGUUGAAAAUUGAUCCACGUUUGGAUAAAAUAUGUCCUGCCACAGAGAACAUCUACCGAGAUGAGUUUUAUUCUAGACAGGAUAUUGUGGUGACUGCACUUGACAAUGUGGAGGCCAGGCGAUACAUAGAUAGUCGUUCUGUGUCAAACUUGCGCCCUCUUCUGGACUCUGGAACUAUGGGGACAAAAGGACACACGGAAGUUAUAGUACCUCAAUUAACCGAAUCAUACAACAGUUAUCGUGACCCCCCCGAUGAAGAAAUUCCAUUUUGCACGUUAAAGUCAUUUCCAGCAGCUAUUGAGCAUACGAUUCAGUGGGCAAGAGAUAAGUUUGAAAGCUCAUUUGCCCAUAAGCCAACCUUGUACAAUAAAUUUUGGCAAACCCAUCAGUCUCCACAAAAUGUUUUGGAGAGAAUAACGUCUGGUGAGAGUUUAGAAGGUUGCUUUCAUGUUGUUAAGUUACUUAGCCGGAAACCUAGAAAUUGGUCACAUUGUGUGGAACUUGCAAGACUAAAGUUUGAAAAAUAUUUCAGUCAUAAGGCUCAGCAGCUUCUACAUUCGUUUCCUCUGGACACACGAUUAAAAGAUGGAAGCUUGUUUUGGCAAUCACCAAAGAGGCCACCGACUCCUAUAGUGUUUGAUGCAAAAGAUCCAUUACAUCUCAGCUUCAUAAUAAGUGCUGCAAAGCUGUUUGCUGAAGUGCAUGCCAUCUCUUUCAUGGAAACGGACUUGUCCCAAGACACCAUCUUGAAAAUAUUAUCUUCAAUGGACAUUGUUGAAUUUGUACCAUCAAACAAACUAGUAGAAACUGAUGAAACUGUGAAGAAACCUGAUCAAAUGCCGGUGAGCAGUGAGGAUGAAAGGAUUGCCCUUUUUCAGUUGGAGGGUGUGAUAUCUGCUGGCCAUGUGACUAAACAUGACCUUCAUAUGAAUUACCUAUCAUUUGAAAAGGAUGAUGACAGCAACGAGCAUAUCAAUUUUAUCACUGCAGCUUCCAACUUGAGAGCAAAGAUGUACAACAUUGAGCCGGCUGAUAGACUGAAAACCAAACGUAUUGCAGGGAAAAUAAUUCCUGCGAUAGCAACAGCCACUGCUGCGGUAUCUGGACUGGUUGCAUUGGAGUUAAUAAAGGUGGUUGGAGGUCAUCCAUUUGAAGCGUAUAAGAAUUGCUUUUUCAACCUAGCCAUUCCAAUAAUUGUUUUCACAGAGACUGCAGAAGUAAGGAGGACACAUAUAAGGAAUGGCAUUUCAUUUACCAUUUGGGACAGAUGGACAAUAUAUGGCAAUGAAGAUUUUACUCUUCUUGAUUUCAUUAAUGCUGUCAAAGAACAAUAUGGUAUAGAGCCAACAAUGGUUGUACAAGGAGUUAAAAUGUUAUAUGUUCCUGUUAUGCCUGGACAUGCAAAAAGAUUAAAACUUACGAUGCACAAACUUGUGAAGCCCGGAGUUGAUAAGAAAUACGUUGACCUGACUGUGUCUUUUGCUCCGGAAAUCGAUCAGGAUGAAGACUUACCCGGGCCACCUGUGAGAUACUAUUUCAGGCCCGAGAACAAUUAACAUCUCCUGCACUAGUAUUACCCUGUGUUCAUGUGUUGGUACUACUUGUCACAACUAGAUGAAGCCUUAAUUAUGAGGAAAAUGUGAAAGUAGUAAAUUGCACUAAUAUUUUACAUAACAGAUACUAAGUAUAUUGUGUCCUUAGAACUUGUAUGACUUGGUUUACCAGAAGAUUUGGUUAUGAAAUUGUUUGAGAUGCAAUAUUAAAACAGGAUACAGGGGGAGGACCACGAUAAUUAUUUUUGACUUAUGUCUGUUGUACCUCCUUUCAUAAUGCUAAAUAAUUGGAUCUGCUAGAGUACUGUAUAUAUAAAAAUCUUUGUGCCUUGCAGUUGGUGUCUUUCAAGAUGUGCGCACACAAGCUUGUGUGUGAAAUAUACACGUGAGAUUUG